AUGUCACCCGAUGACACGCCACCUUCGAAGCCCGGCACAACAGCAACAACAGACCAAGAAACUCAAAGUUCCGGUGGCAGAAAAGGCUCCUCCACAAGGCCCCAAGAGCAAGGCCUGAAGUGUCCACGAUGCGACUCACCGAACACAAAAUUCUGCUACUACAAUAACUACAGCCUCACACAGCCAAGGCAUUUCUGCAAGACAUGUAGAAGAUACUGGACAAAAGGUGGUGCGUUGCGUAACGUCCCUAUUGGCGGUGGAUGCAGGAAGAACAAGAAAGUCAAAUCAUCAAGGCUUUCAUGUGACUCCAAAGACUCUGGUUCCUCCUCUUCAGACCUUGGUGGCCUCAAGUUCCUCCAUGCUCUUUCUCCUUCCAUGGACUUUCAACUUGGAGGGUUACCCUUCCCUAGGCUUCAUCACCCUCCAGCAACUUAUAAUCACUUCUCCUCUUUUGGGGACACUUCUAGCGCCUCUUCCUGUUUCAACCUUGACCCUUCUCCUGGCAACACCUCAAGUUCUUUCGCUGCUCUUAAUUACCCCUUCUCUUAUAAUGGUGCAAUCCAAGGUAUGAGCUCUAUGAAUGUUCACAGUUGUCACGCUUCUUCCAUUGAGUCUUUGAGUUCCAUAAACCAGGACUUGCACUGGAAGCUGCAGCAGCAGCGAUUGGCAAUGUUAUUUGGUGGAGAUAACAGCCAGAAAGAUCAUAGUGGUAGUGGUGGGGUGUCAUCAACGCUUAACCAGCUUGAGAACCAGACACAGAAACCACAACCCAUUUUGUUUCAGAAUCUUGAGGUUUCAAAGCCAGGGAUUUUCCCUGUUGGGAACUCUAGAAAAGAACAUGGUCCAAGUGGGGACACACACACCCCCUCCACUGAAUGGUUCUUUGGGAAUUCUUUUGCCUCGGUUACUCCUACUCCUACUGCUGCCACUAGUGGUGGCCCAGGGAAUGAUAAUGCAAGCAAUUGGAGUAGCGGUGUCCAUGCUUGGGGUGAUGUGCCGCAGCAAUAUAGUGCUUUGCCCUAG